AUGGCAUCCCUCAUAGCUCUUAGAAAAACGACCGCUGCCCCUGCCGGAUUCUUCAGGAGGCUCACUGCAGGCCGCUCAUCUGCUUGUUCCCGCUCCUUCGACACUGGAACACCUGGGUACGCCGGAGAUGAAAACGACACCGGUCAGGUUGACAACGCCCCCAGCCGCCGCAACGACGACGACUCCAACCGCCAGGGCCUCUCUUCCUCCUCGGAUCGUGGACUUGCUCCCCGACGAGACUCUGCUCCAGCUGGCUUCUUCCUCAGAGAUAUGGUGGAUGCAUGCUUCUUUCUCUGCAUGCAGUUUCUUUCUGGUCUGGUCAGAAGAAAUGAAGGAUGCCCUUCUGGAAGUCAUCCCUCUGGAGCAGAGAGGCAACAGAAGGAACUGAUCCAGCACCACCAUUGCUGA